UAUGAUUUGGCUUGUGUUAACUAAUUGGUAAAUGUACUAAAGUUUUCUCAACAGCACUCAUUAUUAAAAGCUUGUUUAGAAAUGAUAACCAAAUCUCAUCCUAAAUAUUUGAUGCUAGACUUGCCACAUUGUCACAUCAUUGUUUAUUUUAAAGUAACUUUUUCAUAGUUUCUCACUCUAAAGUGCAGAGUGACAAUAGACAUUAACCCUUAUAUUUCUUUUUUAUUUUUUUAUUUUUUUAUUUUAUUUGUUGGUAAAUGUUAAUAAUUAUCUAUGACCUAGCGAGAGCGACCCAUAAUAUUCGUAGAACCACCGGCUGGCUUUGAUCUUAUCCUUCAUCAUAUUGUAAUGGAGCAUGCGUAAUUCCUACCGUUGAUGUUGAUGUUGAUGUUGAUGUUGAUGUUGAGCAAUGAAUUUGGACAUACCCUGAAUAUAAAUAUCAUAUAAUAUGCAUGCAUGUUGCAAUUCCAAAGUAUUUGUGCCCACCCACCAAGUAUUAUUAUUAUUUAUUUUAAGGUCCAAUUUGACCACAGCUUUCACAGACAGGAUGAUAACAUUACCACCAAGAAACCAAACACAGCCCUACACCAACAAUAAUUUCACGAUGACCAAAUUUCAUGUGGUUUUCAUCUCAACCCCUGGCAUCGGAAACCUAGUCCCACUCGUCGAGUUCGCUCAGCUCCUAGGCAAUCAUGACCGUCGGUUCCACUCCACCAUCCUCAUCAUCAACAUGUCCCAACGGCCCAUUGUCAACACCUACAUCCAAUCUCGCGCUGCCACGUGCACGAACAUCCGCUUCCUCCACCUGCCUGCGGUGGACCCGCCUUCCCCUGAUCAGUACCAGUCCUCGAUGGGUUACAUAUCCCUGCUCAUACAAAACCACAAAACCCACGUGAAGAGUGCCCUCACCAACCUCAUGUCAUCCGAGUCAGACGAGUUUAACUCGGGCCGAGUUGCUGGGCUUUUCGUGGACAUGUUUUGUACAUCCAUGAUUGAUGUUGCUAACGAGCUUGACAUUCCUUGUUACCUUUUUUUCGCUUCCCCAGCAACAUUUCUCAGCUUCAUGCUUCACCUUCCUACCUUGGAUGCCCAAAUCCCCAUUGAGUUUGGUGACUCGGAUACCGAGUUGAGCAUACCGGGUUUCGCUAACUCGGUGCCCCCACUCGUUUUGCCUACAGCGGUGCUGAAUAAGAAGGGGGAUGCGUACUCUUGGUAUUUAUCCCAUGCGCGGAGGUACACAGAAACAAAAGGUAUUGUCGUGAAUACGUUUGAGGAAUUAGAGCCACAUGCUCUUAGCUCAUUGGCUAUGAGUCUGCUGCCGCGAGUUUACCCGAUUGGGCCCGUUCUUGAUCUUAACGGGCCGGCCCAAUGGCAUGACCCAAACCGGUACGAAAGUGUCAUGAGAUGGCUCGACAACCAGCCCACAUCAUCGGUCGUGUUGUUAUGCUUUGGAAGCAUGGGGAGUCUUAGUGGGCCCCAAGUGAGGGAAAUAGCGUUCGGGCUUGAACGUGCCGGGUUUCAAUUCAUAUGGGCAUUGCGUGACCCACCCAAGUCCCAACUGGACCUCCCGAGUGACCCGGCGAGCGUCGACGACAUAUUACCAAAUGGUUUCUUGGAACGGACUUGUAAGUUGGGCUUGAUUUUUGGGUUGGUCCCACAAGCGAAGAUUUUGGCCCACCCAGCAAUUGGAGGGUUCGUAUCGCAUUGCGGUUGGAACUCGAUUUUGGAGAGCUUAUGGUACGGUGUACCGAUUGCCACGUGGCCAAUUUACGCGGAGCAACAAAUGAACGCCUUUGAGAUGGUGAAGGAAUUGGGAUUGGCAAUUGAGAUUCGGUUGGAUUAUAGGGAGGGUAGUGAUUUGGUGCUAGCGGAGGAGGUGGAGAGAAGCAUAAAGCACUUGAUGAACAGUGAUGAUGUGGUGAGGGCUAGGGUGAAGGAGAUGAGAGAGAAGAGUAGGAUGGUUUUGUUGGAGAAUGGAUCUUCAUACCAAGCAUUAGGAGCUUUAACUGAGAAAUUAGUGCCUAAGAUAUGAGGCAAAUAUAAAUUAUAUCAAUUGUUCCUCUAUGUAUUUUUGUUUUUUGUUAUCCACUGAUUGUUGAUGGAGAAUCUCACUAACAAGAGGAUUUAGGGGCACCCUAUAUCAUUUGUUCCUUUAAAA